AUGCCUGCGGAGGUUAUUUUCAUGUUUGAUGUCGCCGGCGUUCUUACGACGUCGCCGUAUCCCGCAACGCGGCGCCUUGCAGAGACGUUGAUGCGUUGUGUAUUUGAGCGUGCGAGGGCGCAUUUUAUGUCGCUUGUGGGGGAUGAAUCCCCUGCACUGCUGGCGCAAAACUACUCGAAUCUUUUCUCUCUCAUCCACAGCUUCACAGAGAAGGUGCGGGGGAUCCGGUGUGCCUUUGAGCGACUGGAAUUGGGGGAAAUUAACCGCAAUGAGUUUGUCCCGUUAUAUCACGCGGAAAUGGACGUCAUGUUGACUGCACUCGUCAAGAAAAACAAGGAGGAACUGGAAUUUAUGCACAUUGCCCAUCCCGCGCGGGUUGCCUCUAUAAAGGAACGUUAUCCGCUGCUGGCUGUCCCAGUGGUUCAGGAGUUGCUACGGGAGCUCAUGGAUCCCGAGGCGUAUUUGUGCACAAUGGAGAAGGUGACGCCCCGACGCAAUGUGUUGAACCUUCUUCACUACUUACGCAUGAAAAGCCAACAGGAGAUUCGCCUGGUGGUGGUGACAAACACGUGGGAGGUGGAGGGGCAGUACGCACGGAUGAGUAAGGCGCUCUCCAACAACAUGAGUGAAACAAAAUGGUCUAAUUUUCCCACGGCGUGCCCCAUCGACUACGGCGAUGCUGGCGGCCGAUCUUCUUUUGUCAUCAAUAGCUUGUUUGAUUCCUUUGUGCAGAGUUACACGUUCCACAAGCGUAAACCAUUUCCCGAUAUUUUUCAUCAUGCUAUUGAAGAGGCAAAGAAAACCCGCGUGACGUCUCAAGAUUCCCUCAUGUAUGGUGUGAAGCCUCACAUCUUUUUGUUUGACGACGUCCUUGAGAACUGUGAGACCGCCCGCAAUCUAUCGGACAGUCCCUUUGAUAAGGUGUACUACAUUGAAAACGGGGCGUAUGACGUGUAUGAGGAUGUGCUGAGUGCAUUGAAUACGGUGGGGGCCGCAGAUCCCUUUUGGGCAGACGUUGCGGCGGGGGUAAAAAAAGAAAUCUCGCCUUUUUUUAAACCACCAAUUGACGCAAACGGAAAACCGACUUCAUGGAUCAACGAGGAGAUGCAUGACUACAACUCUAACCUCCUGAUUUUACCACCACCACCCUGUGAGGCCUGUGAGCCACGUGGAUUCUUUGAACCCAAGAAGUUUCUUGACGAGGAUGAUAAGGAUGCCAUUCUCUUUUACUGCGCACAAAAUUUGCCACACUUAUUUCCUAUUGAGAUUCCUAGUCGGCACUCGCAGAACCUGCAACUGGCUCGCAAGCCUGGAUUUGCGACAUCGUCUGGCCCCAUUGUUUUUGAACCCAUGCGGGGAAUUGGAUUUUUCAAGACGUACCGCAUCACCCUUCGCACUGGUAGCUACGUUCUGCGUCUUCAGCCCCAUGGCCCCGUGCCGCAUGGAACUCUUGACAUCCGUACGGAGUAUGAGAUGAUGCGGUAUCUCGGUCAGAAUUCUACCGUACCGAUAGCAAAAUGUCUUCUUUAUUGUGAAUCGUACGCAGCCUGUGGUUAUCGGUUUUCACUACGUCGCUUUGUUGAGGGUGAGGUCAUUGCAGACAUGAGAAAACUUAUUCAACCCCGAAUCCAGCGGCCGUAUUCCGUGCGGCGUCGACACAUCCAUGUGGAACUUGACCCGUAUUUUUUUUUUAAGAAGGCGGUGGAGACGUUAUCUCAAAUUCAUGAUGUGCCGCCUCCACGUUUUCUGUCACGGACACGAAUGGAACGAAACCCCAAUGGGACUGCCGUUAUUUCAGUGGGCAACGCAGUCCACCCGCUACUUGAGAUGAUAAACAAUUUGAUAGUGCGGUAUAAAGCAGUGGUGAACACCGCGAAGCUACCAGAUGGAUCAUAUUUAUUCCAGUUCAAGACACUGGAGCGGUUAUCACAGGCGUUAAUUGAGCGCUUUGACGCAACGCGGCUUGGAGUGCAAUCUAUUCCUUUUCCGGAGCAGCUCGUGAUGAUUCAUGGGGACUAUAAAUUACGGGAUCUUCUUUUUUCAUACCGCUCUUUUGAAGGUCGGCACAAAUACCCCGCAAAUAUUAUUGGGGUGAUGAAUUUUACUUCUGUCAGUACAGGUGAUCCAUUGGUGGAUGUUGCUAGUUUGGCUCUUGUGGCACUGCUGCCGCGUCCAUUUGGCAUUUAUGACAUGCCAAUGGAGAUGCAAUUACUUUUUCCCACACCACAGUGGAUAUUAGAGAGGUACUGCGACAGUCGCGGAUAUAUGCGGACGAUGACAGGGAAAAAGCGGGAAGCCAUAUUUAAAGUGUACCUUUCCGCUGCCUGCCUCCGCUACGCUGUUAAAACGUUGUCUGAUCUUGCGGAGGUGUUUGAAGUUUUUAAUUCCCUUCCACUAGAGGAGGCACGAAAGUUAUCUCUUGUCGAGCAUGCCUUGCAACAAGGGCUUGCUUUGAUGGGAAAACUUCCUUCUCGACUGUGA